UUACCAAAUGAUAGAAAUCAUGCGCAUACAGUAAACUUUUACAAUGAAAUCGAUAAAUAAUAAAAAGAUGUACCAUGUAUUUUCGUGUUAAAUAGUGAGAGAAAAGAACUUUAAGAAAAGUUCUAAAAUGCGUUUUUACAAAAAAUCAAAGUUUAGCAGAUUAUAGUACAAUACAUUUGAAAAAUUUACUGAAAUCAACAAGCGAACGAAUUAAAAUGCAUUCCGUGGGCAUUCAUUCGGCAAUGGCGAUCAAAAGGCAACGGAAACGUCGAGAUGAACAAAAAAGGGCUCGAGAAAGACGUUAUAGCACGCAAAGUUCUGAGAGCGGAGAAACAUUUCAUUCUCCAACAGGAUCCGUGAGACGAAAAUAUCACCAUCCUCGUCAUGCAGUUAGUCCCGGUCCCGGAAUGCUUGACAGCCAGGUAGUUACUAGUAUUGGCAUGUUGCAUAUAGGUAUUGUAUUCGUUGUGUUUGGAGUUUUUCUUUGCGGCGCUGGUAUUAUUCCAGACGAAACUAUGUCAUGGAACGUAUUUAGCUCAAGCUCUGCCUGGUGGAAUGAAGUUACAUGCACAGGUUUAUUUUCUCUUGGAUUGGGACUGUUUUUAUUAAUUUUAAACUGUCUUAUAAGUCGAAAAGAGGAGGAGGAUCUUGAAGACUAUGUGCAACGUCAACUAACUCGAUCUCGAUCAGGACACCGACUUGAAAGAGAUGUUGAAACUGGUGUCUUGACAACGCGACAUGCUCGAAAAGCUGUUGCUUUACAAAAGGGCGGACGUAAUAACUCUCCUACAGAUGUUUCAGUUGUAAAUUGUGGCUCUGCAGAAAAUAUGUGCAAUGGACCGAUAGUUGGCCAUAAUGUUUUAAACAGCACUGAUGCUAUCCUCGAAAAAAUUGUGGAGGAAGAUACAACUUAUUUAAACGACCGUAACUCUGGAAUAUCUCCGAUUGAAUUAGAAAAUGAUAAGAAGCAAUUAUUAAGAAGAGAAUCUACAAAUGACGCAAUCAAUAUUACACGUAUUUAAGAAACUAUUUUUUACACCUUUCAAAUAGUAUUCGAGCAGAUGGAAAUCAUUUUUAAAAUCCAAAUGUUUUACAAUACAACAAUCAUAAAUCUUCUUUGUCACUUUCGAUUGAAAUACAUUUAAGGACCCUGCAUAAUCAUUGUAACAAAAACCUAUGUGAAAGUUUUAGUUUAAAAAAUAAUGCAUUUCUUAAUAGACUUAUAAACAUGUAUGACAUUAUUGUAUACUCGAUAACGAAAAUAGCGUAAAAUUUCAUUACUUGUUACUACUCGUACAGUAAAUGGUUUACUCCUAAAGUAUACAUUUAUCGAAGAGUGACCUAUAAGAUAUUGAUAAGGAUAAGUAUCCAAACCGAUCUUGCUAUGUCCACUUGUCCAUUCUAAUAAACAUAGUUCUAGGGAUAUACCCAAAAAACCAGCACGCCCACAAUUUAAAAAAAGUUAAAUUUUCAACAUCGAAUUUUAUGUCAACAACGUUUUAAACUGAGUUUUUAUUUAAAAAUCUGUAACUUUUUUUUUUUAGAAGCUUUUUUUUAUUUAUUUUAUAACUCGAAA